UCUCUGAAUCACAUCUAGCUUUAGCGAUCACCUGAAAAACAGCUGUUUCGGCCAUGAGGCUGUUUUUCUCUACUUCUGGCUUUUGUGUUAUUUUGUCUGUGAUUUUUGUCGGCCAGAUUGCUGAGUCUGUUGGAUUCCUCCGGAGCUCAUCCCAUAACUGGACUAACGUCUUCUCCAGAAGAACUCGAGAUGCUGCAUCACCCAUUCCUAUUAACUGUAAGCUGAAGAGUUGGACGCCAUGGACACCAUGUACCGUUUGCACAGAGGAAACGGUGCGGUUUCAGUAUGUGGAGCGACACUCGCAGUUCGGAGGCGAAGGAUGUGUUCACAGCCAGUGGGAUAAGAAACUGUGUCCUGAUCAUAGCAACUGUGAGCCUCAGGAUGAGUGUGGAGACAUGUACGCCUGUCCUGAAACAGGACGAUGCAUUAAUCAGCAUCUUCUCUGCAACGGUGAUUUGGAUUGUCAGCUCGGCAGUGAUGAAGAUAAUUGCGAGGGAACACAAAGCCCAGAAACCAAGUGUGUGGGUAUGAUCUACAUCCCGGGAGCAGAGAAGGCCACACAGGGCUAUAACGCUCUGUCAGACGUUUUUGUGAACCACGUUCUGGACCAUAAAUACUUUGGAGGCAUAUGCGAGUACAUCUACAAUGGAGAAUGGAGGGAACUGACGUACGACUCCUUCUGCGAGCAACUGUACUAUAACGACGAUGAGAAAUAUUUCAGGAAGCCAUAUAACUUCUUAUCAUAUCGUACGAUGGCACAUUCUCUUAGCCAGGGAUCAACAGAAAAAUACAGCGAUGCUGCAAGUUUAAUAACAGCUCAGAAAACAGAGUCUUCCUACAACUGGGGUUUUACUUUUGGCGUCAUGGCCGUUGAAUCUGGACCGUCUGAGAGUCAUUCAGAGAUACUGCUGAAAAACCUAACACAAUACGACAGUAAGGAAGUAGAGUUUAUUCGGCUGCUCUCGACGGUGGAAACGGCGCAGUUUAAGAUGAGAAGUCGGGAUCUGAUGCUGCAUGAGGACAUGCUGCAGUCGCUCAUGGAGCUGCCCGAGCAAUAUGACUUCGGAGCUUACUCCCGCUUCAUCAACGAUUACGGCACUCAUUAUGUAACGCAAGGCAUCAUGGGAGGCAUCCUGGAUUAUGUAGUGGUGCUCAACAAAAAGUUGAUGGAAAAAAUGGAGCUGAAGGGUGAGGAAGUUCAGAACUGCCUUGGUGUUUCUCUGGGCAUCACAAAGACCUUCUCUCUGGGAAUGAGUGGCAAGAUCUCAGCAAAUCUCAAGCAAUGUGAGACCGUAAAAGGCCUGGAAAGAGAGACAAAUGAAGACAGUGGCCUGAUCAGGGAUGUGAUCGGUUUUGUGAAAGGAGGAACCUUAGGCCAGAGCGCCGCUCAGUUAGUCAUCCGUAACGCAGAGACCUACAGGUCCUGGGGCAAAUCUCUCAAGUACAACCCAGCCGUCAUUAAGUUCGAGGGUCUGCCCAUCUACGAACUGGUGCGGUUCAGCACAGCAGCGUCUCAGGCUCGCACCAGGAUCCCGCUCCUGAAGCAGGCAUGGGAGGAGUACAUGCAGCAGUUCAACCCGUGCCGCUGUGCCCCCUGCAGGAACAAUGGAGUGCCUGUGCUCUCAAAGACCUCCUGCAGGUGCCUCUGCAAGCAAGGAUACGACGGUCUCGCAUGCCAGAAGUCCAGCCGGGAACCUGGUCCUGUUCAUGGAUCGUGGAGCUGCUGGAGUUCCUGGUCUUCCUGCUCGUCUGGAACAAAGACACGAAAACGAGAGUGUAAUAACCCCGCUCCUAAAGACGGCGGCUUCCAGUGUGGAGGGAAUACAGUGCAGACGAAACGCUGCUGAAACUAACGUGCAAAUCGGGAUAGAAUGUAUUCUAUAGAAAGGAAAUGUGUUGAUGUAUGAAUAAAUGAAUUUAAUAAUGAAUAAAAAAAACUUAAAGCGUU